CAUAAGCAUGCAACAUAUGUAACAUUGUUGGAGAAGUUCUAUCAGAAGUUCUAUCAUUGGCAACACUAGAGAAGAAGAAGAGUUAUGGCGGAAGGAAGCGAAGGAGAGAAAAACAGAACCAUGAAACGGCUUCUUCUCAUAAUAAACUGUCUCUUACUUGCCGUCGGAACCGCCGGCGGCCCCCUCGUUAUGCGUCUCUACUUCCUCCGUGGCGGCAACCGCGUCUGGCUUUCAAGCUUCCUCCAAACAGCCGGCUUCCCCUUCAUGCUACUACCCCUCGCCGUCUCUUACUUCCGCCGCCGCGCAGCGGCAGCGGCAGAGAGAACGGCCAAACCCAGUCCGGUCUCGAUGAAAACCCCUCUCCUCGCGGCCUCCGUCUUCAUCGGAGUCAUCACCGGCCUCGACGACUACCUCUAUGCCUACGGCGUGGCGCGCCUCCCCGUGUCCACGUCAGUACUCAUCAUCGCCUCACAACUCGGCUUCACCGCGCUCUUCGCGUUCCUGUUGGUGGGCCAGAAGUUCACCUCGUACUCCGUGAACGCCGUCGUUUUGCUAACCGCCGGCGCCGGCGUUCUGGCGCUACACACCAAGGGAGACCGCCCCCACGGCGAGUCCAUGAAGGACUACGUCAUGGGGUUCGUGAUGACAGCAAUUGCUGCAGCAUUGUACGGCUUGGUGUUACCCUUGGUGGAGUUGGUGUACAAAAAAACCAAACAACCUAUUACCUAUUCCCUUGUCAUGGAGAUUCAGUUGGUGAUGAGCUUCUCCGCCACUCUCUUCUGCUUCAUCGGCAUGAUCAUUAACAACGACUUUAAGGUGAUUCCGAGAGAAGCUAAAACUUUCAAGCACGGGGAAGUUAAUUACUACGCUGUGUUGGUGGGCACUGCAAUAAUAUGGCAAGCUUUUUUCUUGGGAGCUGUUGGGGUUAUUUUUUGUGCAUCUUCUUUGUUUUCUGGUGUUUUAAUUGCGGUGUUGCUACCCAUAACGGAGGUGUUGGCGGUUAUUUUCUACAAAGAGAAGUUUCAGGCGGAGAAGGGUGUUUCUCUGUUCCUAUCGCUCUGGGGCAUGGUGUCUUACUUGUAUGGGGAGAUUAAACAUGAGAAGAAGAUGAAGAAAGAGAAGAGCAGUGACAUGGAAGCAACAGCAACAGCCAUGUCUGAAUUGGGAAAUGAUUGAAAAAUGAGAAUGUUUUUUAGGUUAUUGGUUGUUGUGAAAUAGUAGAGUUCUUUGACUGUUUGGUUGUGGUUUCGUCUAUAAAAGGUGUGGUCACAAAGGAGUCAAUGGAUGCCAUCUUUGUCCCACUACAAUUUAAUGUUCGUACUACGUCAACCCUUUUAUUCCCGCUCGAAGGUUUCAUAAAAGUUUCAUUCAAAUCAAUUUUACUAUGUUUGUACUAAAAGUUAAUGUAUGAUGUGUUACUACAAAAAAUAUAUAUAUAAUGGUUAUUAUUGUA